AUGAUCUACAAUUAUACUCAUAGUGUGAUGUAUAGGAUGAACAAAGGAAGCAUUAUCAUGCAAGUGGAAACCGAACUGCACGUAGCGCGCUUUCACCCCAAAGACCAGAGCCGCCUCCGGCGAUCUGCAUACGCUUCAUUCAACUGCUACGCUUGCUGCGUACCUGGACAGCCGGGUAAUAUGGGACCUCCUGGGCGUCCGGGUCGUCCCGGUAACCCAGGAGCUCCUGGAGUUCCUGGCGUCUCAGGACGUCCGCCACAGCAGCCCUGUGAACAAAUUACACCACCUCCGUGCCGACCAUGCCCUCCAGGACCAAUGGGAUCUCCUGGAGUGGUAGGACCCCCAGGAGAUACGGGAGCGAAUGGCCCUCCUGGACUUCCUGGGCCUGACGGCGCACCAGGUGUUCCUGGCAUACCAGGGCUACCAGGUCUUAAUGGAGCUGCAGGACAACCCGGCGCCCCCCCCGGCCUUCCAGGAGAAGAUGCACCAGGCGAGGCUUUCCGCUUCGCUGGAGAGUCCUGGACCUGCUGGAACUCCUCGGUGCCGACCAGCCUCCAGCGUGGAGUCGGACUUCAGGAAUGCCUGGGAUACAAGGUUGGCAUGAUGGGCCCUAAAGGACCUCCGGGACCUAAUGGAGAACCCGGCGAAGAUGGACGUACAGGAAUGCCUGGCCAACCAGGAAUGCCUGGAGGACCCGGAGAAAGAGGAGUUUGCCCUAAAUACUGUGCAGUCGACGGAGGCGUAUUUUUUGAAGAUGGGACACAUCGCUAG